AUGAUCGUCAUGCUCGGCAGCUUGCUCGCCCUGGUCUCUGGCGAUUGCAAGCCGAAGCCGGCCCCAGAUGAGAUAUUCGACAUCUUCUACAAGCCGAGUGAUAAAUGGGAUUUGGAUACUUCUACUGGCACGCAUGGUUGCGAGAUUGCCGUGCCCUUUGACAAGCCUCGCAUCCACCCAUGCCCAGGCAACAAUGGCUUCAACGUCUGGAACUUUAAUGCGUACAACCCAGACAACUUCAACGAAACUAUAGCCUGGUCAUACCUCCUUGGAGUUGGGAACGCUUAUCCAUUCCAAGGUGGUACAGCAGGAUUCAUUUGGGUGAAUGUGGAAAUUAGCUUUGCUAAUGGCUUCUGGCUCCGGGCCAAAAUGGAAAACGGCCGGCCUCCGGGCGAGACGGGUCACGCAAACAUUUCAACUUCAGGUGCCGGUUCUACAGCUCGUUGGGGCAUAAUCCCAUUGGGGUGGAACAUCACCAAAAAUGGCGAGAUUCACACCCAUCGUGAAGAGCAUGGGAAGUAUCAAUUGGGCCUCACUGGAACCAUGGACAUGAAGGCAAUCUUCGAUGCCCAAGCCAAACCCGCGUGA